ACACACACACACACACACACACACACACACACACACACACACACACACACACACACACACACAAUCUCCACUAUAAACAGUGUAAAGUAUGACCUCCCAGUAACAAAACUGGCAGAAUGAGUGACACUGAAGAGCAGCGGGACAAAGUGACAGUGGUGGUGCUGGGAGACCUUGGUCACUCUCCACGGAUGAAUUACCACGCACUCUCUCUGUCCAAAGAGGGAUAUGAGGUGAACCUCAUUGGGUUUGCUGGUUCAAAGCCACAGAUUGAAGUAUUAAAUGAUGAACAUAUUACUCUUACCUAUAUGAGACCUUUUCCAAAUUCUGCACUGCCUAGAUUUUUAGCCUUUGUUUUGAAAGUGUUAUGGCAAGCAAUCAUACUAUUCUUCACACUGGUGACGGCCCCAAGGAGUAAAAGUCUCCUGCUGCAGAACCCACCGGGGGUUCCAGCAAUGCCUGUGUGUUGGUUUUAUUGCCUUGUCAGCAGAACAAAAUUCUUUGUGGACUGGCAUAAUUAUGGGUAUUCUAUUCUAGCUCUUUCACUUAGGAAGAAUCAUCCUUUAGUAUUUAUUUACCGCAUGACUGAAAAAAUAUUUGGAAAACUUGCUAGUGGAGGCCUUUGUGUGACCAAGGCAAUGAAAAUAGAUCUUGCAGAAAACUGGGGCAUCACAAAAGUGACAGUGCUGUACGACCGGCCGUCCGAGAGGUUUCAUCCCAUCACUAAUGACGAGAAACACGAUCUUCUCAUGAAACUAUCGUCAACAUACCCGUGCUUCUCCAGCGACUCUCCAGACAAGACUGUCUUCACUGAGAGGUACGCCGACGGCAGAGUUGCCGAGUGUGAGGACCGGCCAGCACUGGUGGUGUCCUCCACCAGCUGGACAGAAGAUGAAGACUUUUCUAUUCUAUUCUACGCGCUGCAAGACUAUGAGCGUGUGCGGCAGGAGUUCCCCAGCCAUUAUCCUCCACUCAUAGUUGCUGUCACUGGGAAAGGGCCCAUGAAGUCUUACUACAGCUCUCUGAUAGCAGAGCAGCAGUGGGCACACGUGGCUGUCAUAACCCCAUGGAUGACGGCUGAGGACUACCCCAAACUCUUAGCCUCCGCUGACCUGGGUGUCUGUCUUCAUUACUCAUCCUCGGGUCUGGAUCUGCCUAUGAAGGUGGUGGACAUGUUUGGAAGUGGCCUGCCUGUAGCAGCUAUUAACUACCCUGCACUCCCUGAAUUGGUGCAUCACAAUGAAAACGGACUAAUAUUCAAAACCAAACAAGAGCUUGCCAAUCUCCUCCAAGACUGGUGAGGGUUUCCCAAGGAGACCGCAAUAAAGGAGACUUACUAUGACUUCUAUAAGAAUAUAGACAAGUUCAGAGAGUUAAGUUGGCACUCCUGCUGGACCUGUAAUGCCCUGCCACUGUUCAGCCACAAGGAAGCAAUGACUCUGAAGGGCUAAGCAGAAGAAUGGCUCCACAUGAAAUUGAGAUUAAUAUGGAGAGAAAACCUUGAUUAGGUCAUUGUAUUACUAUCGCCACCUUUACUGUAUUGGUUCUUCCAGCAUAAACAUCACAUACAAAGUCAGCAAACCAAUUUUCUAAGCAAUGUAGUAGCUAUGUGAAAUUAUUCAAAGGCAAAUUUUGUGCUAUUAAUUAUUUCACAUAUGAGAGAAAAAAGACAGGUUAGUUAAUAUAUUUUUACACUUUUAUAGUUUAUCUAAAAUCUUGCUAAUGUCAGUCACUUAUUUCAUCAUUGUUUUGCCAUAUUUAUGAUGAAUAACACAUCAAUGAAGAAAAGGCUGAGAAUACAUUCCAGGCUAAACAUUCUGCUAUAUAUAGUCAUGAACCUUAAAAAUAUAACCCUGUAUUUACUUGGAGUCACCCUGGUGAACAUGAAUUAAAGUCGAUAUUCCUAACAGUGUUGUGUAAAGACAUGGCAUGGACAGCUUACCCUCAGUGCCUUCAAUAGUUCAUGCUGCUGAAGAGUAUUUUCCUAUGAAUAUUUGUUGUGCAUGAUGAAGUGUUGCUUGUAUGCUAUUUUUGUAGCAAUGUAGAUAUGUUUGAUAUGUUGCAUGUUCCUGUUAAUAUAUAUAUAUAUAUACAUUAUG